CCCAUGAUCCCCUACGGAGAAAAACAAACGCGCUAGUUGACAUUCGAAUUUGGUCUUUCUCUGAUUUCCGAGAUGCUUGUUUUCUUUCAUAUUUGCUUUGCUAUCCUCAUAGACCUAAUUGACCAUUUUGUGCCUCGAAGUAGAGAAAAAAUCUGUACGUUGGAUGAAUCAAAAAUACUUGAGCCGCUAGAGGAAGUCGAUUGUCCAGAUGGCGGGGAUAAUGGUGUUCACGUGGAUGGGGUGAAAGAUGAUAUCGUGCAAAAGUGUGUUGCACAAGAUAAUCUAGUAGUAUUCAUCAAGACUACCAGCCUAGAGAACACAGAAAUAUCUUAUUCUUUAAACUCUGAAAUAGGCACAUCUGGUGUGCAUUUAACAGAAGGCAGCUCUGAUACUCAAGGGGAUAAUUUGAGUGUCAGUGGAGAGAGCUGGGAUGAGAAUUGUGAUAUUGAACAAAAUAAUCAUAAGGUCUCCUGUAUGACAGCAAAUGGCAAUGCCCAACCAGAAGAUUUAUCAGAGGAUACACUAGUACCAGCCAGCACUGACAUCUCCUCAUACCGUGACUGGCUAGAAGAAUUGGAAUCUCUUUACUUCUCAAAUCUAAUUGAUGACUUGAAGCAGUUCCUUCAUAGAUCCUUUAGUUCAGUGGAUGACCCUUUUGACUUUGUACUUUACAUGUUGCGCUUCUCUGACUAUGAUAUAUACACUGGCAAGAAAUCCAUAGCCCAUUUGACUCUGGUUGAAUUUGAGUCCUGGCUUCAAGAUGAAUUAGAUAAUAGGACAUCAGAGGAGCUUACAGGACUUAUUAGGGUACCAACCAAGCAACAUAAGGACAAUGCCCUUGAGUUGGUGGUUACAACAAAACUGCUACUAUUUGAACCAGUACGUAGAGCCUUCCAACUUGAUACAAAGGAUAACAGCUUUUUAGAGGAGCAUGUUCGGUUCUUACUACAUUCUGGGAGACGAUAUAAAGAGGCUGCAAAUAUUGCAACCAAGUUGAGUCUUCAAACUUGUUUUGAACCAAAAGAGAUUUUACUGCCUCUCCUGAUUCUUGACAAGCUCCAGCUAGCUGAAAGUUAUGUCGAUAGUUGCCCAUGGCAACAGAAGGCAUAUGUUGCCAUGCUUGACAAGUUAUGUGGGAAGUCAGAUGAGGAACUGCAGAAAAUAGUGGAUGAUGCAAAUAUUCACCCCAAGCCCAGGGAACAUAAGCUAAGAAACAAAAUUCUGGUGAAAGUAGCAGAUAGGCUUGUCAAACGAUAUCGCCUCAGUGGAGAGGACUUUCCAAACAUUUACAAGGAGAGAAACUUGAGUGGGUUGUAUUACCUUCUGCAUAAGAAAUACCAAGAUGAAAACUCUAACAAGAAGUGGGACAACCUGAUUGAGACCUCUAUAGGAAAUAAGGUGUGGCUGCAAGAGAGGCUAAUUGAAGGUCUACUGGAGUUUAAUGACUUGGAUGAAGCCAUCAGAUGGACACAUUUUUAUGGCCUUCCAUUGGAUAGAGUCCCUUCCCCGGUCAGCCAAGCUAUAGAGGAUUGUGAAGCAGCCAAUAGUCAGUCCUCUUCUACAGAUUGGGAUGAUCCCCUUGAUCAUUCGCCUGAGCCAUUAAAAAGCACAGCAUUUGUGGACAUGUCACCAACUCCAAAAGCUCACAGCCUGGCACUCCCUCCAGAACGUGUCUUCCUUGUUGAUGAUGAGUGCAGCUUACAGGACUGUCUCGCUGUCUUAAGCAAGGGUGGCCCAACUAUAGGGUUUGAUGCUGAAUGGAGGCCCACAAUGUGCAGAGCUGAAAGUGAUGACAAGCUGGCCAUCAUUCAGCUUGCAACGUGGAAUGAGGUUUUUAUCUUGGAUAUGAUUGCACUCAAGACAAAUGUGAGCAGUGAACAACUAACUGAAUUUGCCUUUGCUGUAUUUGCAAAUCCACGGGUUCUAAAGUUAGGUUAUGGUGUGGAGACUGAUUUCAAAGUCAUGCUAUCUUCUUGCCCUCCAUUUAAAGAAGCACUGAACAAGGUCAAGCGCUUUGUGGAUCUGUGCCAUCUUAGCAAAGAGGUUAUGUGGUUACCGCAAGUAAAGAAAAGACUUCAGGAACAGAAAAUCCUUGGUCGCUAUGAAAUGGAGCGUGGACUGAGUGAAUUGGUGCUCCAGUGUGUAGGCUUACCAUUAGACAAGACUUGCCAAGUGUCGGACUGGGAAAGAAGGCCGCUGUCCCAAGAACAAUUGACAUACGCAGCUCUGGAUGCAUACUGCCUGCUGGAAGUCUAUCACGUGUUAUGUGCGUGGGUGAAGGAGAGCGGAUCAUAUGUUGACAUGGAGCCAAAGUUGUAUCUUCCUUCUGUCUGGCCGGAGCAAAAAAAGAGCAGACAAGCAGCUCGGCGGAAGAUCCCCAAGCCUGGAUCAAUUGGCGAUCAGCUAUCUAAACCUGCAAGAGAAGGUGACUCUAUUCCAGCUCCUUCUCUGUCAGUAGUGGCCGACACAAUGUUGCAGGGACUGGGGCGACAGCUGAGAUGUUGUGGUGUUGAUGUGAUCAUCAUGGAGAAUGGAAGCAGUCAUGAUGCCGCAGCUAAGAUCGCUCGAGAUCAGCGGAGAAUACUCCUGACAAGUGGCACGCCUUACCACAGGUUGCGCUCACGAGUGCCUGAAGGCAUGUGCAUGUGUGUACCCGCCGGUAACCCUAGGCAACAGGUCGCUGCUGUGUUCCAUCACUUCAACGUGCGAGUCACCGUCAAAGAUAUUUUCAGUCGUUGCCAGAUAUGUAAUGGUAAUCAGUACGCCAAAGUAUUACCCGAGCACAUGCGGACAGCGUACGAAAUCUACAAGGGGCGGCUGCGACUACCGUCUAGCUUUCAGCCUCCUGCGGACUGUCCUAUCGAUCUGAUCACGCUCCGGGUUGGGCGUGGUGUCCAGCUAAAAAUGGGAAUCCUCCCUGACGGGAUCUGGGAUAACGAACGCAUUGAACUUUUCUACUGUUGCGUCACUUGUGGCAAGAUCUUUUGGGAAGGCAAGCACUUUGAGAGAGUCAUCGCCCAAUUCGCUCAUGUCUUAGAUUCUGGGUCCACUGAAAACAUUUACAGAACCUUGGGAGAAAAGAGCAGUUAAUCACAACCAGAAAGUUGGAUAUGAAGAGAAAAUAGACCCUUAAUUGUUGACCAAUUCUAGGAAUGGUCUCUAGUCGCUAGAAAUAUCAGGAUCUGCCAUUGUAUGGAUGAUUUGUUGAAAGAUAGAAUAACAGAA